AUGGUUUCUUCCGCUUCACGACAACUGGACGCACGAAACAUGGACGCCGGAAGUAAUAGUGUCGGAGUUGCCAAUAAUGCUGCUACAGCACCGUCGUCCGCUGGCACUGGCAGCGACGAGACAUCUGAUGGGUAUAUGCGGGCAGCAGCGAUAAAAGUCGAGACGCCCGAUGCAACAGAAUCGUCUCCAAGUCAAGCAGAGCACACAGCCGAAGGUGACCGGGAAGUGAACGUGGAGGCUGCAGAAGAGAUGGAGGAGGAAGAAGCGAUACCGUCACCACCGGCAGCAGACACGAUGCUGGAGGUCGGUAAGAGUGUUUCGGGGGAGGAGGAUAACGGUGGCUGCAACACUGCUGCGAUGCAAUCGGCAAACCACAACCAUCGUCAGCAACGGCGUAGCAGCAGCAGCAGCGGCAGCAACCAAAGCCAUCAUCAGCAGUCGGCCAACAGACAGCGGAGCGAGCAUCUGCACCAACUAACGGACGACAUGCUGCGGCGGAAAACGAUGAACAACAACAACAGCAACACGGUGCCCAACAACAACAGCAGCGGCACACGUGGCGGGAAACGAUCGCUAGAAUCGACGGCAGAAAUGCUACUACAGCAGCAGCGUCGCCAAGCGGCGGCAACGGCCGCCACAUCCUCCACCAACAAGCGACGGGGAUCAUCCGGUCCACCACAGCGCCGGACGGAGGACGAGGAGGAGGAGGAGGUGCAUCCAGCGUCGGCUGGUACGGAGACCUGUAAGCGAUACAUCUGCCCGAUCUGUGACUGCGUAUCACCGACCCAGCGUGCCUUCACCGAUCACAUCCGGCUGCACAAUGCCGAGUCUGAGUCGGCGGCGACGGCCGUGGCGUCGGCCAGCUUCUGCUGCAAAAUCUGCUCCAAGGUGCUGUCGUCCGCGUCGUCUCUCGAUCGACACGUGCUGGUACAUACGGGUGAGCGGCCGUUCAACUGCAAGUACUGCAGCCUCACGUUCACCACCAACGGGAAUAUGCAUCGGCACAUGCGCACCCACAAGUAUCCGUCCGGCCGGGACAGCUUUGAGAGCGAUGCCGGUGGCGGUGGAGGUACCGGCGGCAUCGGUGGCUCAUCGUCCGAUGGUAGCGGGGCUGGUGGAAACAAGACUGUCCGCAAUAGUAGUGGGCGAUCCGGAGUUCACGGUGGUGCGGCAACAACAGCGAAUCGUCACUAUCGCAAGAAGAAGGAAGAGGACCCGGAAGAGGAGGAAGAAGACGCCGAUGAGGAGGAUGAUUAUCGGCAGCCAAAGAGGAAGAAGAAGCGUGCUCUCUUUACUAGCGGUGGUGGGGAGCAGGAGGAGGACGAGCUGGCGAGCAGCACAAGGCGCCGGAAGCAACAUGAUCUGAUGCUGCUGGACACUGAGAUGGAGCAGCAACAUGCGCAGGCAGAAGCAGAUGAGGAAGAUUGCGAUUUUGAGGAGGAAGAGGAGCUGCUCGGUGUUGGUGGCAAGCGCAAGGUAACGUUGGGUGGUGGAGGCGAACGAGCACAACAGUAUCGGAAGGUGCGCACCAUCAACAAUAAUCUGCUCGAAGGUUCGGUGGUUGAAAGUGGGCAACGGUACUGCUGUCCGGUGUGCGUGCGGAACGAUUUUGCCAGCAUGCUCAGCCUGGAACAGCAUCUCGACCGGGAACAUCCGAACAUACCGGCCAAGUGCCGCCACUGCGAGAUAAUGUUCCGCAGCCACAAGGCGCUAAAUGCGCACCGUUGCAGCAACAACAACUAUCAAAACAUAACGCCCGGCUUCAAGGAUCUCACUUUUGUCGAUUUUUCCAGCGAGAAGUUUCCGCUGAUCGCGAAGAAUCUGUGCGAACAGAGCAUCCGGACGCCGGUUACGAGCCAAAAGUACGAGUGUGCCCGGUGCUAUCGGGCGUUCCCGUGCUCGAAAACGCUCUCGAUGCAUUCGGCUGACUGUUGCAGUGGUGGUGGAGCUAGUGGCGAACGCCCGGCUGGCCAGAGACGCAAGCGUGCGCCGAGCGAGUCGGACUCGUCGGAUGUGUCCGGUUCGGACAUUGGUUCAUACUACGAGGAUCGCCGGACGUACAAUGACGAGCAGCACGGUGACCAGCGUCACCAGCAGCAUCAACAGCAGCAACAGCAUGUACAGCAGCAGGGUCAUCUGCGCAGGGAGGAUUUCUUUGCCAACUUGGAUCUCCAGAAUCGUUCGGUGGGAACAUUUUCGGAAGCACCAACGACGCCCUCCUCGCUGGACAAAUCUUUCUCCUCGCCUGUACCGGUGCUGAAGCAGGAACCACUCGCAUCACCGACUGAAUCGUCUGCCAACGCCCUGCCAACGUACUACUCCUCCAACAUGGCGCUCUACCAUGCCCACCAGCAGCAACAGCAGCAGCAUCAGCAAAUGGUCGACAGCGGCAAGGAUCUGGCCGACAUACAGUCCAUCAUCAAUGUGGCCUCCUCUGGAGGGCUCUUCGGUCGUCAGCUAGAUGGUGAUACCCACACACCACUGUCCGGUUUGCUGGACGCUUCCCUCGGUAAGGAUGGUGCAGGCAGCGACAAUGGGAUGUACGCUCACUCCACCGGAUCACGAGAUGAACCCGAGGAAGCGCAGGACGCAUUCACCGCCGAGUUUCGCCGCAUGAAGCUCCGGGGCCAGUUCCCGUGCCGUAUCUGCACCGCGGUGUUUCCUAACCUGCGCGCCCUCAAGGGCCACAACCGAACGCACGUGACGGCAGCAGGGCCAGGCCCGUACCAGUGCAACAUGUGCCGUUACGUGGUCAGCGACAAAGCGACGCUGAUCCGGCAUAUGCGCACCCACAACGGGGAUCGCCCGUACGAGUGUGCGCUCUGCAACUAUGCCUUCACGACGAAGGCGAACUGUGAACGGCAUCUGCGCAACCGACACGGACGUACCACGCGCGAAGAUGUGAAGCGCGCCAUCAUAUACCAUCCAGCGGAGGACUCGUCCUGUGACGAUCCGCUGAAGAAGUUGCAACUGUUCAACACGCCACCGGCCGACGGUUCCUAUACUCCGACGAUGCUGGCUAGCGCUAGCUAUCAGGAUGAUCAAAGCCUGCCGGAGGUACGCAGCAGUACGCCGCUACAAUCCCAAGAGCUCAAGGAUAUGCUAAUGCCACCCUUGCCGCUGAGCUAUGUGGCGGCAGCAGCAGCGGCCGGUAGCACUAACCACAACCCAUUGCUUGAUACCAGCCUGCUCCUGCAGACGCCACUCGGCGGCGGAGGUGUUGUGGGCAAUGGGGCGUUUGGUAGUGCGGUGGCGGCGGCCAAGAUUCAGGUGAAAAGUUUGGAAAAGUUGAACCAACUGACACCUCCGAAAGAGGACGCCGAUGCGCUCGAUGAGGAAAAUGAGCCGGAAGAUCAGGUUGCAACAAUCGCAGGCAAGAAGGCAACUUCGGAAGGUGGUGCAGCUCAGGCGCAAAAGACGAGCAGCAAACACUUGGCAGGCGGUGCAGAGCCGAACAACAGCAAUCCGCUACCAAUCGAUCUGAGCAUGGAUGCAUUGGAUCUUAGUAAAAAAUCGACCGUCUUUAGUCGUAAGCCAGCGGCGCCACGCACACCCACAGCUCCGAUGCUCUCGACAGACGGUGAGGAGGAGGACGACGACGUGGAAGGUGUUGCAUCGAUGCUCCGCCAUCAUCGUGCUGAGAUGUUGCUUCCCGUCAAUGGUGUGGACGGUGAGCCACGGUCGAUGGCGUCGAAGAAGCAUGCUGCUGGUAGUGGUAGCAGCAGCGCUCCCAAACAGCAGCCGCACAUUACGCCUUCACCCGCCAAGGAAGCUGACGUCGAUGAGGACGAAGCGCUACACCGUGCACCGAUACCGAAGCUUUCCAAGGUGAAUUUGGCCCAGCAGCAGCAACAGUUCCAGCUGUUCAACGAUACCCUAGCCAAACUCGAUCCAAUGAACUUCUUCCAGCUGUACCAGCUGUACAACUCGCUGCAGUUACCAUCGUUCUCGCCACUGCACGCUAGUCCGUUUCUCCAAAACCCCAUGCUAACCGGUUCUGCGGCCGCCCUUGGUGAGCUGUUGGGUAAGGACUUCGGGCUGGGAGCACUGCCAAAUCUGGCAGCAGCGGCAGCCGUAACUGCGGCAGCAACGUCGGGUAGUGGUCGAAACCAUCGCCACCCAUUGCUGGUAAACCCGUUCUAUCCACCGCCGGCCACCGACACACCGCCAAACAGCGUUUCCAAGUCGGGCGAUUGUCUGUCCGGUGACAUCGGAACGGCGGCGACCGUAGCAACGCCGAAGCAGCUGCUAACACCCUCCUCACCUUCGCCCAUGUCGACACCGACUGGUGGUGUGAGUGGAACCGGAGGUUCCAGUGGAGCCAGCAACACGCAACUGUCGGCGUCCUUGCAGCAGCAGCAGCAUCCGGGAAGUGGUGGCCCUGGCAGUGGUUCACCAGUCGCAUCGGCAGCUGCAUUAGCUGCGGCAGCGGCAGCAGCAGCGGCCGCCGGUUUCGGUGUUUCACCACUAUCGACGGCGGGUGGUGGUGGCGGCAGUUCGUCCGGCGUCGGUCCGGUCAAAAUGGUGAUCAAAAAUGGAGUCCUUAUGCCAAAGCAGAAGCAGCGUCGUUACCGUACAGAGCGUCCAUUCGCUUGUGAGCAUUGUUCUGCUAGAUUUACGCUUCGCUCCAACAUGGAACGACACAUUAAGCAGCAGCAUCCACAGUUUUGGUCCCAGCGGCAACGGGGUGGCCACCAUUUGAUGCGUCGCGGUGGUGGUGGUGGCGGAGGAACGAGCAACAGCAGUAGUAGUGCGAACCUGAGCUCUACAAAUAGUUCCGUUGGUUCGCUGGUUAGCGCACUGCAGGGUGCGUUCGGUGGUGGUAGUAGUGGCAAUGGCGGUGGUGCCAUUUCCGAUCAGGUAAAGUACGCCAUCUUGGCACAGCAAUCGGGCAAAGGCAGCAGUGGGCAGGAUGGUGCCGCCAGCCACUUGAACCCUUUGCUGCACAACAUGAUCGUGCAGGGUGCGGCAGGACAAUGGAACCAGCAACAGCAACACCACCAGCGUCUCAACCAUCAUUACGGUCAACAGCAGCAACAGUCUCCCGUAAUGCCAUCCGGGCUUGGUGCGGGGCGGCGUAUGGGUGGAUUGAUGCGGGGCGAGACUGAGGAGGACGAAGAGGAUGACGACUACCGGACGGAAGACAGACCGUACGAAGGUGCCACACCGAUACUGAGCCAACGUUAUCGGCGCCGCCGCCGUCGUUUGCAGUCCCAUCUCGAACAUGACGGUGAGCUUCUGCGCCGUGGGUAUGACGAAGCUAGCCUCCAAAGGAUGGCGAUGGACGAGGAGGAACAUCUCCGCCAGCUAACAACAUCCUCAGAGCACAACCAACGGACCGUAGAGCAUGAAGACGAGGAGGAGGACGAGGAGGGAACUCAGGACGAAGGGCAUGCGAAAGGAGAGGAUGAAGAAGAAGAGGACGAUGCACAGCUCGUUAUCGACGAGGAGGAAGACGAAGAGGAGGAAGAGAGUGGAGGGAAAAUGGAAGUACAGACAUCUAAGCAUACGACCAAGAAUGUCGCAGUCUUCGCCGAACCCAAGGACGAUCAAAGAGCAAAUGCUAAGGAUACGCAUCCCGAGCACAACGCUGGUAGCUUGAACCGCAUACUGAAACAGAAGCUGGAAGAGAAUCGUUCAAAGUUGGAGAUUGUUAGUGGCGUUGGGGAAAAGGUGCCAGCAGCUCAGGAACUGCUAACGAUGAACAAUUCCACUGCUGUGCAGCAACAAUCCACCUGUAAGCAGCCGAAGCAACAUAACCCACCAGCAACCGUCACACGCAAGGCGUCCUCUGGUAGCGGUAGUAGCCACAUCAGUCUGAACAAUCACGACGAAAGCGGUAGCAACAGUGAUCUCGUACCAGUGUCAAAGCUGCUUGAUAACGCAGCCAAUCCGCAAGCAUUGGAAAGCUACUUUAGCCGACCAGAUGUACAGGUACCGUUGUCUCAGGAUCACAGCGACGAGGAGGGUCUGGUAGCGUCCGGUUCGGCUUCCGAGAGCAACAACUCCGGCACGGAUGAUCCGAACCCUUCGGCCGUGGCACUCGCCCAUCAGCAGCAGAAAAAGAAGUCCGCGUAUAGUUUGGCCCCGAACCGUGUUAGCUGUCCGUACUGCCAGCGCAUGUUCCCGUGGUCGAGCUCGUUGCGCCGUCACAUCCUCACGCACACCGGUCAGAAACCGUUCAAGUGUUCGCAGUGCACGCUGCUCUUCACCACCAAGUCUAACUGUGAUCGGCAUCUGCUGCGCAAGCAUGGUGAUGUAGAGUCGGCCGUAUCCAUACCGGUACCGAUCGACGAUCUGCUGGAUCCGAAACCGGAACCGAUACCGGUGGCGGUCGCUGAAGCGAUGUGCAAGAAGAUUUCGGGCAAGGGUACACGGUCGUCUGUUGCCACGCUAAAGGGACCUGAACAGCUGCCACAGCAACAGCAGCAACCGCAACAACAACAGGUGGGCGCUGAAGAGGAGGACGACCAUUCCACCACACAGGUUGCUAAGGAAGUGUCAAAAAACGAAUCAUUUGACGGCACAACGGUGGGCAAUCGUAGCGCGUCCGGUGACGAGGAGGAGUGCAAGCUGAAUCCAGUGUUUGAAAAGAAGAAGAAUGGUAAUGAUGUGGGUGGUCCAGAUGACGAGGAGGGUGAAGUAGAGGAGGAGGAGGAGGAGGAAACGAAGGAGACUCGUUAUCGGCGAUCCUCUCGUCGCCAGCAUCUACGUGAGCAUGGAUUGGCGGAGAACGGCGAGGACGAGGAACGCCGGCAUCAGGAAGCGGCGGCCCAAGACACUGCUCAGGAGGAAGACGACGAUGGGGAGGGCAAGGAAGGAUUGUUUUCUGCCGGUGGUUUGUCGGAUCUUCCGUACAAGUGUCACCUGUGCGAUGUUUCAACUGCCGACCGUGUGUCCUGUCUGGAGCACAUCAAGCAGGCACACCAGCAGGAGUUCACAACACUUAUGGCGAAGGUGUCGCUCGAGGCUGCAGCAUCGGCGACCGAGAGUGAAGCUCAUACGGGCUCGCCGGACGAUGAAGAGAGUGGCACCAACAACAAUAACAACAACAACAAUAAUAACAACAACAACGGUGGCAAGUAUCUCGACUAUGCCAAUCGGAAGGUUAUCUGCGCAUUCUGUUUGCGUCGCUUCUGGUCGACGGAAGACCUGAGACGGCACAUGCGGACGCACUCCGGUGAGCGACCGUUCCAGUGUGACGUUUGCGAUCGCCGAUUCACCCUCAAGCACAGUAUGCUGCGCCACCGGAAGAAACAUACCACGGACGGUGGCGAAGGUAACACUUCGCCCGCCUCGUCCUCUUCUUCCACCGGGCGCCGGCACACGAUGCGUCGUAACGUCACCAACGGUCAGUCAGAUGGAAGAAAAGGUAAGAGCUUCAACAACAAUGGACACGCUGAUGGUGACCACCACAGCGGGUCCGAUCUUACCGAUGACGAUGAGUAUGAGGACGCGGAGUGCUCCAGCCCACCAUUACAACACCACCAAAGUUCAGCCGAUGGUGAAUCCGCAGCCACCAACACCACUGCGGAGAUCCCAGCGGUGUCAUCAGCGACGGCCAUCGUCGGCGAAAGGAAGCGCUAUCACCAUCUCUUCCAGCAACAACAGCACUCGGAGCUGAUCGGUAAUCUGCUCGGCAUCAGCGACCAGGGUAUCCUGAGCCGGGUCCUACUAUCGUCCGCAUCCGAAGCGGCCAAGCUGCUCGGCGUGGACAAGUGACGUGA